ACUCACCUAACGAAGACUACAACAAUGCAUCAGAAAAAUGUCUGCGCCCAUGUACAGUAGUUUUCAAGUAAUUUGGGCAUAUUUUUGAUUGUUUCUUACAGUUCUCUUUGUAUUUUGCAAGAUGGUUGAAAUAAACGAACUAGUGACAGUAACAAGGUUUCCAGAUGGAUUCAAGUUUGCUCUGAUGAUUCUGUAUUUCCCAAUCGGGGUGUUCCUCAUUGUAUGCAGAAUUUUAAUUGCCAUACAUACAUACAUUAUUGUGUGUUUAUUUCCGAGGGGUGCAGCUAGACGGCAGUUUGUGCGUGGCAUGUUAGGCGUGUUGGGUAUUCAUAUUUGGGUAGAAGAAGAUCCGAGCCCGCAGCAGGAGAGUCCAAAAGUUCUUGUAGCAAAUUAUACAUCAGUCCUCGAUCACAUAGUCAUUGAUGUGGUCAUCAGUCAUUUUGUGCCUUAUCACAGUAAUGUACCAAAAGUGUUCCAGUGGUUGCUAGGUUACAAAGACCUUACAUCUCCACAAGGAAAACAACAAUUUCUAGAGAAUGUGAAGAAGUUUGUACAAGAGCAAGAAUUUCCUAUUUUAAUGCAGCCAGAAGGUGUUCCUACUAACAAUAAUCUCGGACUUCUCAAGUUUAACACACAAGCUUUUGAAUUGGAAUUACCUGUUCAGCCGGUAUCUGUUCAUAUGUCAAGACUGUCGUUUCCAUGUGCAUUGACAACUAUAGAUGGUCCUACAUGGACUGACGUACUCUGGUGUUUCUUCACACCUGUAACUGUAUUUAAACUAAAAACACAUCCUGUAAUGAAGAAGGCAGAGGAAGAGACUGUGGAAGAUUUCAUUGAGAGAGUCCGGUCAGUUAUAGCGGGUGCUUUAAACCUUGAGUUGACAGAAUAUACUGCCGCUGAUAUAUAUGAAUAUCGCAAAAAAUUAAAAUCGGUACCACAAGCUCAGCAAAGAGCUAAACAACCUGCUCAAACAAGCCAAAACAUCACAGGUGGAAACAAUUCAGGAAGUUGUUUUGAUAGUGUUGAUGCUGAGUUACGCAAAAUGGUUCAACAAGUGAAGGAUGUAUUGCCACAAGUUCCUGUUACAGCUGUGAAAAAAGACUUGGAGCUUACAAAAGAUGUAGAUGUUACAAUAUCUAACAUAUUAGAGGGGCGUGUUGUAUACAGUGCUGAAACAGAGGAGACAGCAACUAGCCAGACACAGUCAACAUCUUUAUUACCUGAUAAGGUGGGUGAUUUGUUAUUAUUAUAUCUUGCUGCCAACAUUUGCCACCUGUACAUCCAUGCAGUCUGACCCAGGAUGUAUAUA